AUGGUAUCAUCCGGAGAUGUGUCCCAGAUGAAGAAACACAGCAGAUUCUCUGGCAUUGUCAUGGAUCAGAUUAUGGAGGCCACUUUGGUAGUGAAAGGACAGCUACAAAGGUCCUUCAAAACAACCUACAAGACUCCCAUUGGCAUGUCCCCUUAUCAGUUGGUCUAUGCCAAAGCCUGUCACUUGCCAGUUGAGCUGGAACAUAAAGCUUACUGGGCAAUCAGAUAUUCAGCCUAUGAGAAUGCCAAUCUCUAUAAGGAGAGAACCAAGUUAUUGCAUGACAAGAAGAUUUCCAUCAGAGUCUUUGAGCUAGGACACAGAAUGCUUCUGUAUAAUUCAAGGCUCAAAUUCUUUCCCGGAAAGCUGAAAUCCCGGUGGUCAGGACCGUUUGUGGUUACCAGAGCUUCACCAUAUGGUCAUGUGAAAAUACAGGAAGAGAAUUCUGACAAGAAAUUUACAGUGAAUGGCCAGCGGUUGAAGCACUAUCUUGGAGGCGAGAUCGAUCGCCAAAGGUCCACUCAUCUGCUGAAUUAG